GCAAACGCCCCUCCACCAAAAUCCACGUCUCGCUCUUUCAAUUUCCCGUCGAAGGAGCCGGCGACGGCAGCGCUUUCUAGCAGGACGGCGAUGGCGGCCCUGCUUCGGUGGCUCUGGUUCCGCCUCGGUGCACCAAGCAAGAAGGCAGGGAUGGCGCCCCGGGUCCAGCGGCUGCUUCGGCACGCUGCGCCAAGCAAGGAAUCGCCAUGGCCGGACCUCCCGCCGGAGCUGCUGGGCCUGGUGCUCCUGCGCACGCCGUCCCACUCCGACCGCGUCCACCUCCGGGCGGUCUGCUGCUCGUGGCGCUCCAGCGUGCAGCUGCAGCCACCGCCCCCGCUGCUCCCGUGGUUCGCCUUCCGCGACGGCACCUUCCUCAGCCUCUCUGACGGCACGGUCCGCCGCCUGCCCGUCCCCGGUUACCACGACGUCUCCUACCGCGUGUCCACCGGCAGCAUGUUCUUCCUGGUGCACAGGCACGGCCAUCAAGAAGGCAGGUGGUGCUCCCUGAUGAACCCUUUCUCCGGGGAGAUCACCCCUCUUCCGAUCAACCCCGACCACCUGGACCUCCGGAAUUUACGAGACAUCCGCAAGGUGGUGCCCGGUCGCGUCGUCGCCGUCUUGACCAGAACCAAGAGGAACUCCAAGAACGUCACCGUCUUCGCCGGCGGGCCACAGGGGACCAUGACCAUGGAGUGGGCGCCGCCUGUGAACAGCCAUGCCGCUGACAUCGCGACCUUCCGAGGGAAACUCUACGUCCUCACCGCAGAACGCGAUCAUCAGCCGGAGCUCCAUGUCCUGGACGUCGGCGACGAGGGCAUCAGGUCCGUCCAAUGCAUCCCCGGCACGCCAAGGGAUGAUGGAGAGGUGUACCAGUUCUACUACUACCUCGUCCCGUCGGGCAGCCGGCUACUGCUGGUGAGACGGAUCGCCGACGUGGAACCCGUCGGCAUGACGCGCUUCGACGUCUUCCAAGCGGUGGACCUGAGCGGCGGCCGUGGACGGUGGAGCAGGGUCGACACACUGAUGGAGCAUGCUCUCUUCGUCAGCCAGAACUGCUCACGCUCGGUGCUUGCCGGCGGCCAGUCGUGCGGGGGAGCUCGAGAAGACUGCAUCUACUUCAUGAGCGAGCUGGUCGGAAUCCGUAAUAUUCCCCAGGAUUUUCUCCACUCCGGUGUGUACAACAUGAAAGAGCAGACAGUGGCGCGGCUGCCCUCGGAGACAUCGGCGUUGUCGGUUGCUGGAUUGUGGGGCCCGUGGUCUCGAACCUGGCUUUUCCCGCCCGAAGUUUGAGCUCAGCUACGUGUCGGUAGUUGCGGCGCAACCUAGCUAGGUUAAGCAUACACUAGUUCAAAUCCAACUUUGUAUUGGGACGAUGACCUCCACCCCCAGCUAUGUUUUAAUAGAAAGA